AUGUUGCAGGAGGCGGAGAAGUAUCGCGCCGAGGACGAGAGCAAUAAGGCGAAGAUCGAGGCGAAGAACGGCCUCGAGAACUAUUGCUUCACCAUGCGGAACACCCUGCAGGAGGAGAAGCUCAAAGAGAAGUUCGAGGAUGGAGACAAGGAGAAGAUCGAGAAGGCGGUGCAGGAUGCCCUCGACUGGCUGGACAAGAACCAGCUGGCCGAGAAGGAUGAGUUUGAGGCCAAGCAGAAGGAGCUGGAGGGCAUCGUCAACCCCAUCAUGAUGAAGGUGUACCAGGCCGCCGGCGGUGGUGGAAUGCCGGAGGGCGGCAUGCCGGGCGGCGGGGCUGCCCCCGGCGGCGGCGCGGGGCCCACCGUGGAGGAGGUGGACUAA